AUGGCACCGGCAUUCCAUCGUGGCGAUAUCCUAUUUCUGUCAAAUCGAAGCUCUGAAGUGUACGCUGGGGAUAUCCCCGUUGUUUGGUUCCCGGGAAACCCUUUACCGAUGGUGCACCGGGCACUGAACGUCAUGAUUGACGGUAACAAACAACAAAUUCUUACAAAAGGAGACAAUAACCCUGUCCAUGAUCGCUCAUUAUACCCCCCAGGUCAGUCAUUUGUGGCGCGUAAGGAAAUUGUCGGGCUAGUCAAGGGAUAUCUGCCCUUCGCUGGAUGGUUCACAAUCGCACUCAGUGAAUAUCCAUGGCUGAAGGGUGUAGGAAUGGCCGUUCUAGGCGGUUUAGCGCUUUUCACUUGA